CAUGGUUGUUUUAAAUCGACAUUAUAGUAAAAUUAUCAGCAUAUAUGUUAUUGUAAAGAAAGAUUCAUUAACCUUCCAUAUUGAAAAUGUCGCAAUUAAACUUACUUAAUAUAUUCUCGAUAACAUUCCUAAGUGUUUUCUUAACAACAUCAUCUCUAUGUUCCACUGCCACCCCAAGCAUUCAUUUAGAUUUGUCGCAUAAUAACAAGCAGUAUGACGAUUUUUCUGUUAACGAGGUUAUUGUGGCAGGUCCAAAGGAGGUGGUGAUAACCUGUGGCAAUGGUAGGGACGAAGAUGUGGAACAUACAAUGUAUCCCAGUGACCCUGUGAGCAAGAUGUUGCUGCCACCGGAAGGCAACGAUUUCACCAGUGCUGUUGAGAAGGAGGUGGCUUCACAUAGUUUCUAUCGUAGCAGCGACUUGAAUUUUGAGGUGAAGAAGGCCAAGGACGUCCCAGUUUCUGUGAAGAUUUCUAGGACUGUGGAUACAUUGAUCAUGGCUAAGGAUCCUGAGAACUUUAGUCUCAACUUUGCUUGCAAGUAUCAAUCCAAGGAUGGUAGCAAUGCUCCAGUUUACAAAUGGGUCACUAUCAAAUUCGAAGCUGUAUACCCUAUGGCAUAUGGUUGUGAGACAGGAAAUAAUAUGUUGUUUAAAAACACAAUACCGAAACUAGAUUGGUUGAAUCAUGAUGAUGUAGAAGAGGAGUGUCUAAUCACACUUGAACCGAACAUGUUAUUUGGUAUAUUCUGUGAAAAGGGUGAACGGAUUUGGCCUAAAAAUUGUAUCAAUGAUGAUGACUACAAGAAGAUGAACCAUGCUAUUUCUUCUUAUUCUUUACCAUGGUCUCCAACUGUCUACAGAAGUAUGAGCAGAUUAUCCCCGAGGUUUAAACUAUUCCAGGUGUCGCCCAAUGAGAUUGUAAAGAAUAUAAAUAUUCAUUGUUAUUGUCAGAAUAAGGAAAGAAUAACUCGUAAAAUAACAAUAAAGAAAUUGGUUAACAAAAGUAUUGAUUUUUAUCGUUUAUUGAGUACUGCUGAUAAAAAUGAUGCGAGUGUAUUCCAUAGGAUGGAAUAUUUGGAACCUGGAUCUAAAAAUGGUUUUAAUAUUCCUUUAAGUGGAACAUUUAAACUGGGUUCAUUUGGUAUGGUGUCUGGUAGAAUAUUCCCGUCAAAUCUAACAUAUAAUGCUUACUAUAGUUUGGGUUCAUCCCCGUUUGUUCUCUCAAGGCUUCGUCAGUUUAUUGGCUAUGAUGGCGUGGGAAUAUCUUACACGAAGUAUAAAGGAAAAAUGAAAUAUACGUUCAACUAUAAAAAGGAUUCUACUCUCGUUGCUAAAACUGAGUCGCCUUCUAUGUAUAUUCAAUGGUUGUUAACUCCACUGUUUACAACCAAAAUAAGGGAAUAUACUUUCACAUUGAUGCUCAAUAUAUUACCUUCUGAUCCCUAUACCUAUGGUUGUGGUGUUGAUAGUGCUGACCUAUUCCGAAAGGAUGGGUUUAAACUAUCAACAAAUACAGAAGAUGAAGAUGUGACUGAAUGCAAGGUUAAUCCUUAUUUAACUAGUCCUGUUGGAUUUUACUGCCCCAAAGAUCAUACACUGGAACCUUCCAAUUGUUUUGAAGAGAUGAUUAAUGCAACAAAUAAUGAAAAGGUAAAAUUAUCUGAUUUCGCACCUCUUGCCAGAACCGUCGAGUCGAAGAACAUAAGAAUCGUCGAUUUUAAUUUGCCAAAGAAAAUGAAAAAGGAGAUAAUAUAUAACAAGGAUAUGUUGAGUUGUAGAUGUAGAGACAAGAAUGGUGAAGUGCGAGCAAGAAUAGUGCUCGACCUUAGGAAUCCCAUGGAUUCUGAGGUUAUAGAGGAGUACGCUGAUUAAACCACAUCUAUAAGUGGCUGUAAUCCAAAUUAAUCUUUGUAAUUAUUUUAAUGACAAAUGUUUCUGAGGAAUUCAUAAGAGAUUUC